AUGAAGAAACGUCCAUCGAGUUUCUAUUUGUUUCGAAUAGCGGUGAUUGCAUUUUUGGUCCAAACUUCAUUCCCUCUAACCCAACCGAAUAUCUAUAACUUACUCCAACAAUCGAAUACUCGACCUCCAACUGCAAAUGCUUCUAUUCCACUUGGUGUUAAACUUGGCAUGUACUUGGAGAGUUUAGGAAACUUCCGAUCGUCAGAGAUGUCGUUUGACGUUGAUUUAUAUGUUUACAUGUCGUGGCAGGACACUCGUCUGGCGCAUAAUUUUUCUGACUAUGUGCUCAUCAACAAUGAUGAAAUUCGAAAACAAAUUUGGCUUCCCGAUUUGUACUUCGCUAAUGCGAGACAGGCUAGCUUCCAAGAGGUUACAGUACCCAAUUUCAACCUUUUUGUUGCUCCGGACGGGACAGUUGCAUAUUCAUGUAGAUGCACAUUGACAGUGGCUUGUAGCUUGAAUCUGAGAUAUUACCCAAUGGACCAACAAUUAUGUUCGAUUCGAGUUUUGAGUUAUGCCUACAUAGCAAAACAAGUGAAUGUAACUUGGUUUGACAAGAAUCCAGUAAGAUUCAAUGAAGAAAUUGGGCUACCUGAAUUCCAAAUUGAACACGUGUCAAAUGCUUAUUGUAAUGGAUCUUAUCAAUAUGCUCUGACAGCUGACUCAUUUAAAUCAGACGACUUCAGUUGCCUAACUGGAAAUCUCUAUCUCUCUCGGUCAAUCGGAUAUAACCUUGUUCAAUCAUAUAUUCCUACUGGAUUAAUUGUGAUGAUUUCCUGGGUAUCAUUCUGGAUUGACAGACGAGCUGUCCCGGCUCGUGUUACUCUCAGUUUCACAACUUUAGUUUCUCUUACAACGCUUGGAAACGGACUCAGAUUUGGACUUCCCCAAGUGAGCUAUGCAAAAGCUAUCGACUUGUGGUACGGAGCGUGUAUGUUCUUCGUCUUCUGUGCACUUUUGGAAUUUGCAACUAUAAAUAGCUACAUGCGAAAGUCAGAGAAAUUCGAUAGUAUGGCGAAGAAAAUGCAAAGUGUCGUUUUGACGGGAAGAACAAGGGACUAUUUGGUUCGAGGCAUCAAAGAAAGCAUGCGGAUUGCAGGAGGUGCCGCCGGAAACGUUGUGGACGCACUCAACGACGACUGGUGUACCUAUUCAACCGAAAACGGACGACUGAAGACAGAAAAGAGCCCAAGAAGCUUUGGGAAGCCAGACACUGUUCAGGAUAUUUUGAGCGAGAGAAUAAAAUUCAUUGAUAACGAGUUCGACUUUGAUGCAAAAGAGGAUGACGGAAUGGCAAUGUCGAUCUAUGAUAAUGUAUCCUGUAGAAAGGAUGACGCAGAUUCGAGUUCAGAGGAAACAAAGUUCAGUACAAAACCAAAAAGAAACGGAACAAAUGGAACAAGGAAGUACAUUGAUAAGAGUCUAAACCAGUCAAAUCAAAAUGAGAGUUUGAUGGCAGCCACGUAUUUCCAGAUCUCAGCAAACCAUUCCCGACACGCACUGAAAAUUGACAAGUCAUGCCGAUACCUAUUCCCGUUUGCAUUCUUUGUAUGGAACGUCUUCUACUGGUGGUACUAUUUAGUGUACACCAAAACACCGGUUGAUAAAACAAAAUAA